CUAAAUCCACCUUCAAAUAAACAACCACCAAUCAAACAUAUAUAUUUUCUUCCAAACUCUUAACCCAUCUUCAACGUUCAACCCAUAACAAACUUAACCCCUCAUCACCCUUUAACCAUCCCCUUUAGAUUUUAAUCUUGUUCUUGUUCUUGACUCUCUGUCAACCACCACCUGACACCACCGCCCACCACCUCUUUCUCGGUGUUCCGACCACGGGUCAACGAUUGACAGAACGAUGACGUUGACCCAAAAGACAUUAAUAUAUUACCUAUCGGAACACCCAAAAAUAGUGAAUUUCAGGUGGAGUCAUACGCAUUCAUGGGGCUCCACCUGGUCAUUCCUAUUCACCUCUAUCUUCGCCUACCUCCUCCUCUCUCUCCUUCUCCACCUCAUCCUUCACCUCCUAGGCCGUAGACGGCCCGUCCCCCUAGGCCCAAUCCCCGCCCUCCACUCCCUCUCCAUGGCCCUCAUCUCCCUCACCAUCUUCACCGGAAUCCUUGUGUCUGCGGCAGCCGAAAUCCGCGACACCCGUUGGUUCUGGCGACGAACCAACACCACCCCUUUCCAAUGGUUCCUCUGUUUCCCACUCGGAACCCGUCCAUCGGGCCGCGUCUUUUUCUGGUCAUAUAUAUUCUACCUAACCCGGUUCCUCAACACACUCCGCACGUUUUUCGCGGUUCUUCGACGUCGAAACCUCUCGUUUUUCCGCCUCUUUAACCACUCAAUCCUCAUCACCAUGUCCUUCCUUUGGCUUGAAUUUUCACAAUCGUUUCAAGUAACCGGAAUCUUGUUAACAACCUCGGUGUACUCCGUGGUCUACGGGUACCGGUUCUGGACCGCGAUUGGGCUCCGAAGCGCGUGUUUUCCGUUUGUUAACAGUUGUCAAAUGGUUUUGCUUGGCUGCAAUGUUAUCUGUCACGUUGGUGUUCUUCUUCUACACUUCAAGAAAGGAGGAUGCAAUGGUAUUGGUGCAUGGGGAAUUAAUUCGGUUCUAGACGCUGCCGUUUUGAUGCUUUUUUUGAAUUUUUACGUCAGUAGUUAUCUGAGGGGGCGGAGAAAGACCUUGGCGUUUUCGCCGGACCACCGUGGUGAUGAUGUUGCUGCCACCGUGGAAACUGAUCGGAUUGGUUGUUGCGAGAGCAAAGACAAAGAUAUUUGAGAGGUGUGUGGCCUUUUUUUUUUCUUUCUAAAAGUUUGUUUAAUUUAGUUUUUUUUUUUAUAAGAUGAAACCCUAAAUGUAUUAAUAACAAAUAUAUAUAAAUAAUGUAUAUAUUUGUUUUGAGGCUAAGAGAUUUAAAAUUUAGCUGAUUUUAUGCAUUAUUUGAAUGAAUCUAGUUUAAAAUAAUAAAUAGAGUAAUAAAUGAAUAAAUAAAUGAACAGGAGUUCCAUGGAAAUUGAUUGUCAAAAGUGGUUGGUUGUUGUAUGAGUAGAUAUUUAUUUAUUUAUCUUUGUCUGUUUUGAGUUUUGGUUUCCUACGAUGUUGGAGUGGUUAGAAAUAAAGUUUUUUUUUUCCCCAAAUGUUGCAUGUGUAAAUUUUAAAGGUUAGUUGGUUCAAGUACGUCGAUUUUAU